AUGGCGGAUGCAGAUUCCGACGGCCAAGAUUCAUCAUUUUCAGCGCAGAAGAAUCUGAGGAAAGAAGUAUCAAAGGGAAAAAGAAGAGGUAUAGACCAUUUCUUAGGCUUAUUUACUUGUUAACUAGUCACAUUUCGGGCUAGAAGCUCAUCGUACUGACUUAAAAAUUCGCCAUUGUGUGUUACUAACUCGCUUACAUUUGCUGGUGCCGUCGCACACCCUUUGGGCCUUCGAUUUAAAUAGAGGGGGAAAUUAAAAACUUUGAUCGAUACCUUAAGGCCUUACGUGAAGAUUAGUUUGUCAUUUAUCUUCUACUUUCCGCCAUUACAUAGCUUAGUGUAGAGUAGUUUAUUUUUUCGAACGAAUUAUAAGAAUGAAAUCUUGUAAAACAACGUGCAUGUAUUCAUACCGGAAGGCAAGCGGCUACCGAUAGUUUCAAGUAUUAGCUUAUAGCUUUCUUACAUUUCUAUUGAUUUUUUCAUUCAAGAAGAUAAGAAUUUUCUACGGUCUUAGAGAAGACAUAGUUUUGGUAGUCAUUUUUUUCAGGAUAGAAAAAAAUAUUGAAAACCAAUGAAAUACUUAGCGUUUGCACAGCUUCUUGGUCGCGAAGAGAGAUUUCAUUUGAUUAAGCGGGGAAAUCAAACAUUUUGUGGCUAGACACCGGAACGUUUUCUCGAGAACCUUCACUAUGUUUGAUAAUUUUGAUCGUAAUGUAGACUGGAAGUAUUGUAUGUCUGUUGUUUUUGAAUACAUGCUGGUGUUGGCCUACGAAGGUGGAUUUUGUAUAGAAAUUUGAAAAUCUUUAGAUAAAAAUUAAACUAUCUUGAGUGUCUUUCUGUCGUAGGUAAGCAUAUAUUAACACAGCUGGCUAGUUCGUAAUAAAAUGAUUACUUGAAGCAUCUGAAGAAAAUAAUGGACAGCAGUGUCAGAAAAAAUGAAGAGUUCUUUCAUUUUUCUUAAGAAAAGGAACAAAACAUAAAGAAAAUUUCAAAUCAAAGUGUGAAGUACUUCAAAUGUCUAAGUUAGAACAGUGGGAAAAGAAAAAUCUGUACUUCUUAAUGUCAAUACAUUGCUAAUUAGACAGGUGAUAUAUUGGUGAUUUAGCAAACAUAACAUUGAGCAUAUUGUGGCAUUAAUCAUUAUUAUUAGCAUCUACUUCCCAAACUUCUGUUUCCUCUCUAAGGCCAUCCUCUUUUUUUUUCUCUGUUUAGCGUCAUCCAAGCGACUCAAAUUUUUGGCAUUUUAAAAAAAAGUAACAACAUAGUUAAACCAUUUUUCACUUGAAAUAAUUCUUUUAAUCUGGAAAAUGAGCAUAGUAACAGCACAGAGAAGACAGGAACAAAAACUGGAACAUUUUUACAGUGUAUUGUGGAUUUUGUUAAUCCAAAUAUGUAAAUGUUAACUUUUAACGUCAUCCUGGAGUACCAGGGCUUCCUAUUCUGAGACUUCUUGUUUUUUUUUUUACACCUUUUUUUUUCAAUCCGACCGACCGACCGACCCAAAUCAGGAAAUACAUUUGACACAAAACGAAAACAAAGAAGGGGCAUGGCCUUACAAGCAGGCUACUCAAAGCAGUCAUCAGAGUAUAAUAAAGAUUAUUUGUUGUAGCAAGAAAGAGGACCUAAAGGAUUUCCUUAAAGGGGCUAUAUCACACUAUUUCCUAUCUUUGUAAAAAGCUAAAAUGUCUUUUGCAUCAAUUGAAUUCCAAAAAUAAUGGUUCAGUUUUGUUAUAUAAGAGCAUAUUUAGGCAUUGAAACCAAUUCCUGUCAUCUGUUGCCACAAAAAGAAAAAGGUGGGCCAACGUUUUUUUUUGCUGAAGACUCUGUUUGGGAACAUCUCUCGCCUGAUAGCACACUACAGGAGGAAGAUUGAGCACUGAAUAAGCUUAUAGUUUUGAGCAAAAAAACAUUUUAUUUUGGGAAAAAAAAUAGCAUGGCAUCUAAAACCUUUUUGAAAAAAAUUCGAUGUUGUAUAUAUUUUUAUCAUUUUUGUGCUGCAAAUUCUAUUGCAUUCUAAACUUGGACAUUCUAUGCCUCCUUCAUAGAAUUUUACCCACCAGGCUAAAUUGAUGUGUAACUAUUGAGGGAAGGUGGUUUUGAAACUUGUUCUUUAAUCUGGUAAUAACCAUUCUUCCAAAAAUAGUUUAAGUCGCUUUAGAGCCUUCCCUGAGCAUACACUGUAUGUUGAAUUUUAGCCUGUUUCAAGAAGCUUUCUCUCAAUGUUCCGGGAAGUCACUGUAGACUGGAGUAUAUUUACCUAUUUUUUUUCUGUUAAUUUGGGUCAGCCUAAGUUUGACUCAUGAAAUCUGAACUGGUUUAUGUUGCUUAUGUUUAUAAAAUUCUUAUAAUGCUGAAAAAGUGUUGUACGUGUGAAAUUGUAUAGAAAUGAUAGACAUGGGAGAUGAAAGCUACAUUUGCUGUUGCAGGAAAAAAUGUUGUAGAAGAAAAAAGUACAAAGAAGAGAGUCAUGAGUAAACCUGGGCAUCCUGUGUUGGUUACAGGAGCAACUACUGAGCCAGCUUUCAAUGGUGUGCCUGUGAAUAUGUCAUCUGAUGAUAAGGAACUAGUCAUGGAGUACUCAGGUAAUUGAAUUCUUAUGGCUCCUUUGGAGCAAGAAUUAUUUUUAGAAAUGGUAUGGCUUCAGAAAGUACUGUUGUCUGAUAAAAGUUUUUAUGAAGACUGCUAAGGCAACCUUUAGAUUUCAUUAUCUGUCCUCUCUUCGAUAAAUAUGAUGCGCGUAAAAACACAGGUACAGGUCACUAUGCUAUACUAAAGUGAACACAACCUAAAAAUAAUUUUCUACCAGCCCUCAUAAUAUUAAUCCUUUUAAUGCAUUAGAGAGACUGUGUGUUUGAGACCCACCACAGUAAAUAAUAGUUGUUUAUAUUCAUCCAGGUGCCAUUAUUUACUUGCCUUUCGGUAGUAAAAAGUUACAUGUAUGAAUUGUACAAUAUAGCUCAUCACAGAUAGAAAUUUAUGUGGAUGUAAUAUUUUGUUUCCAUUUGAGAAUAAUGAUAGUGAGCUUUAUACAAGUCCUCCUGACAUGAUGGUGCUAGUUUUUGUACAAAUUAUUGAUGUCAAAUCACUUUCAAUCGCAUAGUCCACAAGCAAUUUGACAAUGUUGCAAAAAAUACAUUAUUUAGUUUAUCUGAACAAAACAACAAAUAAGAAAUGCUAAUUUAUAAGGGCUUUAUCAUGAAAUUUAUCAAAUUUGAAACAGUAGUCCUGCCACCAAAUUGAGUGAAACAUAAAACUGCUCAAAAUAUUAAAAGGAGGUAGAGAUGGACAAAUUUGAGGGAGAUUAAAACAGAUUGCAAUCAUGGUUUCUGAAAACUUGUUAGCCUAACAGUUUUUUCAAAGUUUAUUUUUGUUGUUUGGAACAUUUGAUAUAAUGCUUGGGAGAUAUACAUGUACGUGUUGUCAAGAGGCUGUCAUUUUGUCAUUUGCCAGUCAGUUCCAUUGUGCAUAAAGAUACAUGUGUAACUGGCAUAAUGUGCCCCAUAAUGGACCUUCCUUGUUGCAAACAUGUAAUGUGACUUCAUGGAAAUUCUGGAUAAUUUACCAACAAUUUUCACACCCCAUCAGAAGGCCUUCUAUGUGCAACCACCUCAUGCAAGCAAGCAGUUAUCCAAAAAUACCAAAAUUAUUUCAGUCAAAGCAUUUCAGUGGGAAACUCUUUUAAGCACCAUUCCAUCAUAGGCAAUGGCAGCCACUUUUUGUGGUGUUUGUUUAUAAUUUUCCUUCGUUGAAACUUUUCGUAAGUGACUUCUUUACACAUGGUCAGAUCUUGCAUUUGCACAAAUUAGGUAUUAUACUCGGUAUUCUUGGGUCAUAAGUAAAUAGAAGGGAAUCAUUUUUUUUUCUACACAGCCUUUUACAUAUAUUUAAGUGGUGUUUCCACUACACCACUCAAAGGUAGUUUUAGUGACAGUUGGAUGUGCUUAAACAGUUCAGACCCCUUCUACUAUAACUCUUGUAAGCAACAGAAGGUUGAAUGUUUGCUACAAUGGGCAGCUUAAAGGGACACAGUCAGCUAUGGGACCGUGCUGACCUGGACACUACUUUUGCAAGUUUGAAAAGAAUUUACCCCAACCCAAAAUCAAAAGUACGCACUGGAUACAUCUAGAAAUCCGCUUCAAUCUGGCCUAGUGUUUCAUUUGAUCUCCGAUCUUUUAUUAAAAACCUCUUUUAGAGCAAACUUUUACUCAUCCUGUAGGAUCCUGUAUUUUAUCAUAAUUUUUUAAACACAGUAUCCAAAGGAACAUGAAAAGAACAGGUAGAGAAUUUCUUUAGAAGUCAUCUCCAGAAAAAUUCUCCAACAUUUGAGAAUUGAACAACUUGGAGCAAUAUUAGAGUGAUGAAUUUUGAAAUGCUUAAAUUCACAUUCUAAGAGACGUUUUUGCCAGUUAGUCUAAGGAGUGGGGUUUUUAAAAUAAUUGUUGUUUUCCUAUUUUCUUAGCCUAGAAAUGUUUAUUGUAACCAUCAUGAAGUGAAAAGUUUCUUUGCUCUGGCAAAAACAUGAAGUAGGAAAAAAAUUUUUUACUCAGAAGGGUUGAAUGUAGAGGUAAAUAAGAGAUUUGAAUGAAAUGAUUAUUAUUUCAUUCAAAUCUCUUCAGCUGGAAGUUUGAAAAAACAGAUUUGAACUCUUGAUUUGAUUGCUCGUAGUCUGGAAUUUUUUAUGUUCAUUGUGUGUCAUUGUGACUUUUAAAGUAUAGAAUCAGCCUGUAGCUACAUAUUACCAAUUAUUAAUUCUAUUGUCUAAAAUAUAAUACAGUUGAUUAUAAGCUAUAAGCCGAAGAUACUGACUGUGAAUAACGUAGUAUUCCACCUCAGGACAUAGUUGAUAGUUUUUUGAAGUAAUGCCCCUAGAGUAGUAGUUGUACAGUGUAAACGCUAAUUCUAUCAACAUACAUUUUAAUGUGUACUGAAUGUUUCAUAUCAGUUAUAAGAGAUUUCUGUGUCAUGAGACAUGGUAAAAUCAAAAAUAUAUAUCGAACGUACCAGAUAUUGCUUGACUCUUGACCAUACUAUUUAUGUUUUUGAUGAGGUUCUUAAUCCAUUAGCCAUUUCUCAAUCAAUAUCACUUUUUGCAAGAACUUAACAAUAUCAAAACUGUUAGUCAUACACUGGUGAAUUUAAUCCUUAACAAUUUACAUAGAUACUGUCUGUUUUAAGAGGCCAAAGUAAGAUUAAGAACAACAGUUACUGAGUUAAGAGUUUGACAGGUUAGGUACACUGUAGUGAACAACAACCAUCAGUAAUGAAUUGUGAAUUGUUAUUAAGUCAAGCAAUAGCCUCUAGAUAUUAUUGUUCCUGUGAAGACUAUUCACUGUCUUGUACAGGUAAGCAUAAAACUGCAUUCAUUAUUUAAUUGAUGUCUUAAAUUUGAUGAUCCGUAACUGUGCAUUGUAAUUUUGAAAUUGAAACUAUAGGUCAGUUUUUUCUAGUCUUCCCAUUAUAUACUCUCACAAGCACUAUAAAAAGAAGUAUUUGAAAUAAGUUAAGGAACUGGUUUGAUUGGUAGCAAUUCCUUAAUGAGAUAUUUUCAAAUCAUUAAAGGAAAAAGGAAAAAUAUUUGGGAUGAAAGAGAAACCAUUGAUGCAUGUAUCCUGGCAGGGCGGUCACUAAGAUUUGCAUAGGUAUACCUGAAACAUAUUUCUUUUUGGGGAAAUGAACAUGUAGGAAGUUCCUUUUAUUUCCGACAAAAGUUUCCGGAGGAUGUGAUCGUAAUAACCAGCCUUUUGCCCUAAUUGACAGCCCUGCUAAGAGUUAUUUGUAUUUUUAGAAAGUGCAAAUGGACAGACUAAUGAAUAUGUGGUUAUUCCCAGAUUUACAGUAGUCAGAAGUAAUUUGUAUAGAGUAGAAUAGAAUAGCUGGACAAUUGUUUUCUUUCUUUCAGUUGUACAUUUUAAAAGUAGGUGUCAUGCAUGCAGGCCACUAAACUAGGUUCCCUCAAGUCUCCUGUGGCUCAGUGGUAGAGCAUCUGCACUAGUAACCAGAAGGUCAUUAGGUUUGACUCCGAGGCGCCUGUGUCACUGACAGCCGGAAAACUCAUCUUUCUCAUUUAUUCGCAAGGCUCAAAAUGCACCAACACAUAUCUAUCUUUGACUUUUUUAUUGAAAAAAAUUAAUAAUUAAAAAUGGACCGUUCCUACCCUGUUAAUCAAUGGAGCAAAGAAAGGUGCACUGUUCUGUAUUUUUAUAGGAACCCAUUAACAGACAACUCCACCCACUUAAAUAGCUCAGAACUACGCUUGAAUGAGGGAGAACAAAACCAAAAAUUUACCUUGUAUGAGCCAGCUCACUAAGAGUAUUUUAGAGGAUAGUGUGGAUAGUGUAUCUGGAAAAAAAAAGUCUCUUGUUUGUUGCACAAGAUGAUCGCAGUCCUAGUUUUCACCUAUUUGGUAUCUAAGUCGUUUGUCCACUUUUCACAUCACAACUCACCUUGUCUUAACCUUUCUGCAGACAUGUUCGAGCCAUCAAGGGGCAGUGGUUUUAUCGACAUUCAAGAAGGUGAUGCCAUAUCAGAGAGCAGUGACACGGAGAUAGUUGCCCAUACUAAAGAACAGGUUCAGUAUGACAACCCAGCCUCCUCAAGUGAAACCAACAGUGAUGAUGAUGAUGAUGAUGGAAAUAACGGCCCUCCACCGUUAAAUAGUGAUGAUGAAGAAGAUAAUUAUAGUGUUGAUGGGCCUCCGCCUUUAGACAGUGAUGACAAUGCAGAGAACACGGGUGAUGAACUGCCAAUUUCUACUCCUGACUAUGGGAGCAGGGAGGAACUGGAUUUAGGGAGAGUUCCUGUGGAUAGUGAAAGGAGAUUUGUCAAAAGUUCUGAAGGCUCUGAGAGUGAGAGUGACAGUGAGGGAGGCGUCAAGGAAGCGCCUCCUCCUCUUGAUAGCGAGGACGAUGAUGAAGGAGAAGAGGUUGAAGCAGGUCAUUCCGGUGCAGAAAAUGGUGAAAAUGCCACUGUCGAGGCUACAGAAAAUCACGUGCUCGAUUCGCCUCUGGAAGAUGUUGAUAAUGAUGACGAAGAGAGACGUGAUGACGAUGAUGACGUCGACAACACUGAGCAUGAUAAUAGGAAUAGCGAUGAUGAUGAUGAGGAGGAGGAUGAAACUGAGGAACGUAAUGAUGCCAGUGGUGAAGAUGGUAUCGAUGAACAAGGUAAAAGCGAUGCUGAGGAGGAGGAGGAGGAUGAAAAAGACGAUACUCAGGCAGAGCCAAGCCCUAUUGAAGCUGUUACUCACGAGGUAGACGACUCGGAUGAAACUGGACAGGCUGAUGAUCCACCAGCAGAAGUUACCGAGGGGCAGAUUCCAGCGCAGCAGCAAUCCAGUGAAGAGGAGGUAGAGGACGAAGAGGAGGAGGAGGAGGAGGCGAAGAGUGAUAACGAACCUAUUCAGAGUACAGUGGAAGAAGCAGAUAUCGUGUCGGCGGCAAAUGCUCAGAUUGGCACUGCUGUACUUUCCAGUAAGAAUUCACAGGGCGAUGAUUAUGAUGACCAAGAGGAGGCGAAUGGUAGGAAGGAUACUGUUAGCAGUGAGCCUGUUCAGAAAGGGCGCACGGUUAUUCCUGAACAUGCGGAUCCAACAGUUGAAGAGGUUUCUGACAGCGAUGAACCUUCAGAGUUUGUUGCCGAUGAAGAGGACAAUGAGCUGGAAUGGGACGUGGAGGACUUUGAUCUUCCGAAAAAGAAAAGCUCAAAGACGACCUCUAAGGUUGAUAAAGAGGGCUUAGAGGUUGAUAGACUUAAAAAAUCUUUCUUGGACACCCUUAAGAGUGAAGCAGAGCAGAGAAAAGUUUUGGAAACCGAGCCAAAGAAAAAAGAAAAGCCCAGUAAAGGCUUGAAUGCUAAGAACUCCCAAGUUGUAGAAGAGAAGAAACCGGGAAAGGAUUUUUCAAAGAAUGCACCUGCACGGCAAGUUAAAAAUGCUCCUGGCUCCGCCAGGAGAGCAACAAAAGAUAGCCCGCCUAAAACCGAGCCUGUGAAAUUGGGAAAGACAAGUGUUAAAGGUGAAGUUGAAAAUACGUCAAAACAUUUAGCAAAUUCUAAACCUGUCGAUAGUACUGCUAAACCUUUGAAAGCCAAGUCUAAAGCGGUUGAGGAUGUCAGCUUAGACAAAACGGAAAAACGUAAGACUGGAAAGCAAAGAAAAGAUGGCAAACAAAAUUCGACAACGUCCGAAGUGCAAUCUUCGGAAAUGAAAGCUGCGGUAAAACCUGUUAAGGCGAAAUCUGCAUCAUCUUCUUCGCUUCCAACUGGUGAUAUUGAUCAGCAGAGAACUCAAACAGCUUUACCAGCAAAGGAAAAGAAAAAGAAAAGAGCAAGUACAGAGUUGGCAAAGGAUUUACAAUCGCACAAGAAAGAAACAGACUCUGUAAUCGAGCAAAAGCGAACAGAAUCAAGGAAGCCACGAACAAGCGAUAGCGAUACAGUGUCAGAUUCUUCAGCAAGGCAAAGAACACAGAAAACAAGCUCUACGGCAUCAGUUGCAAAGCAAAAGAAAUCAAAUGCAGCUGUUUUGAAAGCUGACAAGGAAAGAGCUAAGGCUGGUGACAGUGGCGAAUUAAGACAAUCCAAACCUAAACGAACUGCUCCUAAGGCUGUUGUUAAUCAAGCAAGACACGAAGAUGACCGUCAUUUCGAGAAUAAAAGACAUAGCGGUGUUCUUGAGAAAAGUUUGCCGGAGGCAAAGACGAAGUCUCGAGUUAGACCCACAAGCAAUGGAUAUCUGUCUAGUUCACAAGAAAAGCUUUUAUCCCAGUCUGUUCAACGUGAGCGAGGAGCAAAAGAACGUGACACUCACAGACACGGAGGCCCUGCUCAUGGGCAUCACCACGCCCACGAUAGAAGCAAACACGUGUGGCUGUGUAGAGAUGAUGAAAUUCAUAAGCUCAUAGCACAAAAGGCAUCCUUACUUAAGGAAUAUGAAUCAGGAAGCUUGGCUGGCAGGAAAGUCUGUAAGUAACCUCGUUGGUAAUGCUGAGGAAAAUGUUCCUGGUGUUUAAUGACCACUUCUCAUGCGCCACCGAUCCAUAGCCGACACCACAGACGAAACUAAACUUCUGGUUAAGUCUGUGGAUCAAUUUAGGUUCCUAGGAAACUGCCCACCUACCCCUCCCCUAAGCCAUCAGUUUGCCCUAAGUGAGAAGUAAGUGAGAAGUAAGUGUCAAAUUAGGUUUCUGGGAAACUGCCCACCUACCCCUCCCCUAAGCUAACAUUAACACUUACUUCUCACGUAGGGCAGACUGAUAGCUUAGGCGAGGGGUAGGUGGACAAUUUCCCAGAAACUUAAAUUGAUCCAAGUCAGUCUGCGAAACAGAGACAGAAUCCUUGUUCUAGGCCCCCAUCUGUGUACCAGGAUUUGAGUACGCGCCAUGAUUGGCUUGUUGAAAAUACCAUUGUCCAAUGGCCAAUUAGGUGGAAGGGAGAUUCGAAGCGCAUUUCCGGUAAUUCGUUGAGUCCGUUGGGGGCCCAGACAACAAGGAUAUAGGCGCCGCUUCGUAGACUUUACCUACCCGGGGCUAGAUUACGUCUACGACGCAGGCUAAGGAUCCACCAUCGGUAUGAUAACGUACGCCGCCUUGAGCAAGAAACAUCGCAGGUCUCAACCGCUGGCAUAACUGCGAAGUUGAGCUCGAGUUAAGUUUGCAGGCGUACCGCCGGUAAAGACUGGGAUGAACGAGGCUUCAAAUUGGGCCUCAUUUCUUAUCAGCCAAAUUAUAAGUAAAAGUGUUGUUUGUUGAAAUCGGAGAUAAGUAGAUUGACUAGAAAGUUGGAAAACUGUUUUAAGUGUAUUAAAAAAUUGUCAAAAAUUGUCCAUAUGAAAAGAAAAUUGGCGCCUAUAAGAAGCAGUGAUGAAUAGCCGUAGUUGUCUCCAAGCGCCCGUUGUUCAAAGUCUGGAAAGCGCUUCACCCCGGAUAAAUCGGCACUAAAUCCAGCGGAUAAGUACCGGUAUUAGAGUUAGCAAUGGCGUUAUCUAAUGAAUAGUGAUUUAUCCAGUGAAUAGCACUAUCCAUCUUUUGAAAAACUGGGGCCAAGAGACGAAUUUAUUAUAACAGCACACAUUACAGCCAUUUUGCUACUGCAGUAGCAAUGCGACCUUCGACCAUAAUCUGAAGUUCUUCAUAAAACUCUAAAUUGCGUUUUAAGUUUCAGGUCACAAAAGCCGUUACAAAAGAGAAGAGGAUCUAGCUAGUCUCCCGGAUGUUGGGUUUAUAAGUAGCAAAGAGGCCAGGAGGCAUCAGUCUCGGCCUCUGAGCGAGGCUAUCCCAGACCGGGCUCCAUACAGCUCACAGCGCAAAGAUAAGCGACGCUCACUUCAACUCCGAUACUCUGGCUCCUCUUCAGAUGACGACGAGAGAACAAACAGAGCUGUUGGGUCAAAAAGAGGUGGCACUUUUGCGGUGGGUUUAGCCGCAAGAAACAUUGAUCAUAAAGAUGUGGGCGGUGGAGAGAGUGAGUCAGAUCAUGAGGAGUCUUGUGAGUACUGCGCGGCAGAGAAGGUGAGUUAACACCUCUGAACGCAUUCACAGGAGUGUUAGGCCUAGUUCAAACGUCAAACUUUUCUUGUGCCGAAAUUAUACUUGUUUGGGUCGACCCCAAUGUUACAAGUUCGACGGUUGAUUCAGACGAUUAGUUGGACUCAAUUCAUUUUUACUAUGUACCGGUCAAAAUAAAUUGUAUUAAUUAAUGUAUUAGGUUCGGUACGGGCAAAGUUCGACGUUUGAAACGAAGUCGCUCCCCAAUCGAAAUUCCCAUGUGGGCCAUGUGGGUCGACCCAAAUUAGAUAUGUGAAUGUCGCACUUAAUUGAUUCAAACGUCGAUGUUUUCAUGUACUUAAUUGAACGGAUUAGGUUAGGUACAUGAAAGGUUCGACGUUUGAACUUGGCCUUAGGUAGCCUUCAGCGCGGGCGUCUUCUGGGUGGCGCAUGAGCACUUCAUUUCGCUCGGGUCAAUAAAAUGUGAUGUGCUAGUCUAGGGAGACAGGGGAGGGGGCGAGUGUAUUUCCUCCCUCCGCCUCCCUUACUAGGCACUUUGUUCUCUCAGUCUUGCGUUCACUCUGUUGAUCGUUGUUUUUACUCUCCACGACUUUCGAAAUAAAAAUUGGCGAGUACACUCUGGUCAGCGUUGUUUCGCCUAAAAGCCAGGUCUGCUCUAUAAAUCCUCGGGACACGUAACAGUAUUUUUGAAUUUGUGGACGACAUCUUCACACGAGUGAAGUGACAUAGCUGAAAGACAUUUCCAAUUUCCAAAAUAAACUUUUUUGAUACCCCUGUGCGUUCUAAAAACUGGCGUAUUUUUGAGAUUAAAGCUCUUUUUUCGCGUUUUUAUUGACUUCGACUCGGUCCAUAGAUACAUGUAGGCAAAAAUGAACUUGGCCAAUAUCCAGCUAACUUGACCUCACGCCUGGUUAAUAACGUAUAUUUAUAGUUACAUUUUUUAACUUGAGGUUACUUCCAGCUUUGCUUCUAAUCUAAGAUGCUUGCUGAUUGAGAUAAUUCGUGUUUGGUAGUCGAGUUUGCUUCCCCUAACACUUCACACAAUCGGCUUUCGUGCUAACUAAAAAGCUCCCAUAACUCGUCAAUUCUUGGAAGCAAGCGCACUCUUUACUGUUCAGCUUUCCCUUGCUUAGCUUAGCGUUGAUAUUGUUCUCUUUUUCUUCCUUCACUUUAUCUGGUUUCGUAUCCGCUUUCUCUGCUAUAAAUUGUAAGAUGUCGUGGGACGAGUACGUGAAGAACUGUAAACAGGCAGUGACUCACAGACAGAAGCAACAUCAACAACCGCCUCAGCUAGAUGAUGGUUCGCGCACUUUACCUCUUCAGUUGCCGCUGCAAUCUUUUCGCUUGCCUGGACCGUCUCUCGAUGAUCCUGUAAGUCUUUUUCUGCCCUCGCGUUACUCCAAUCUACGAUGCUUCACAGCUCAACGGGCAUUCAGACGUUUUCGCCUUUAUAUCAGCAGAUUAAGCUUCUAUGCUUGUUAGUUCAUUGAAAGAGCACUCGACGUUGAAGUCCGUCCAAAAAAAAAUUGGUUUGCGACCUGUUUCUCUUUCCUAUUUUAACCGUAAAUUUCAUACACUCUUCACUGACGGUUUUGCCCUUCUUUGCGCUCGUACUCAUUGAUCCAUUUUGAAUGCACUUGACUUAUACUCGCGUAGAUUCGUCAACUCUACUUUAAUCAUAGCCAUUAUGUCCUCUCAACUUUCAUUUAACUAACGAACGAAUAACUUGUUUAUUGACACCUUUUGCUGCUUGGUGCUAAUACAGAUACAGGCCAGUUAUAUAAACAAUACAUAAUUAGGACACUAAGCGGUAGCAUAUUGUACAGUUACAAAAUUCGCGAAACGAUCAGUAUUCGAUGGUAGGGUGGUAAAUGGUCGAUUUGAACGUGUACAGUAAGCCGAAGAUGAGUGAAGUGCGCUUGUUUUUAUCCAAAAAUUUUGGUAGCGGGAGGGUGGCUUUAGCCAAGAAAUUUCUACAGGCUUACUGCGUGAUCGAAUUUUUUCUCUAUUUUUCGGUGUAAGUAUAGUAGUAUCAAUUCCACUCAAAAAUGUUUUUCUUUUUAAAGUCUGUCAGAUUUAUUUGCCUGGAAACGAUCCAAAAUUGGUGCCACAGUGGGGAAUGGGGCACGUAGUGCCUUCUGGGAGAUCCGUCCGCCAUUUUGUCUUUUUUCGACAUAGACGUGACUUACCGUUAAGUUCCUAAAGUAACGACCCUCCGAAAGUAGCGAUAAAGUUUCAAUGGGUACGUUUUAUCUUCUUUUUUUUUCAAAAAGUCCUCCUUUCGUCUGUGAAUACCCACACCGUAAUCAAACAAUUCUUUUGAAUAUUUAUUUAAAAAGCAAUAACAUGAAAUAAGUUUCUCCAAGUAAAAAGUGUGGAUGUUUCCACAAUUGUCGCGAAAUUAUAUGGCUCCUACGACCCACGUACGAUAUAUGUUUUAGCUACCCGAAAGUAGCAACCUCCUGAAAGUAGCGACCCUCCGAAAGUAGCGAUAGGAAAAGGCUGCUAAAUCCGAAACUCGUUACUUUCGUAACUUUAUCUUAGUUCAGUUUUGAUUGGGUAUUGCCACAGUGAUACUAAUAAAGACCGCCACUAUAACUAAUUAGCUACCUGACAUUAGUUUCCAGACGCUAAGAGCCUGCUCACAGCUUAAAGAAACACCUUAUCGUAUUCCAGCUCCGGAGCGAGUUUACGAAGUUGCGAGUUUGUUGAUCGUUGUCUUGGUAUACGUGUUGACGGGGUCUAAAUAAAUGCCGCCAGAUUCUUUCUUUAACGGGCAGGUUGCUCGGAACACCCGGCCUGAUUUUGCAUUUUUUAUAAAUCAUGUAAUCUUGGUCGAUUUUUGUCGCCUAAAGAAUUAACGAACCAAAUCGAGAAAUGCACGUUAAUCGAUUAUUUCCUAAAAGCAAGCGAGUUAUCUUUAAACCGCGUUCUCUUUUUAGCAUCUGUAAUAUUUGCCUGUCUUUUUAGCGUUUACCUCUUUGAAAAAGGGACGAUUACCGCCUGAAUGAGAUUUUCCUGCAAAUGGAACUUUUUUUCUUCACAAGUGCUGGUAGAAUGAGCCAUUAAUCAAGCGAAUGUCAAUUUGAAUGUAAUAUAUUUUAUACUCAAACCUUUCUGUCGAGUUAAUUGCGAAUACAGCUAACGAAGUUGUAAAUUCGGAGUUUGUGGAUGAAAACCUGUAGCGUGACCCUUCAAAUGAAAGCUCUUCGGAAGCGCUUUCGCAUCGUUGACACUUUUUUUUUCAUAAUCUUCGAAAAGAAUUUUUUGAUUUGUCUCAAGUUUUGGUUUAAGCGCUCUUGGGAAUGAAAGGGUCAAAUGAAACAGGUUAAUUAUUUUGGCUGGGGAUAUGUUUUAUUGGUACAAUUCAGAGAUAAAUAAUUCACCCAAAACCACUGCUGUGAUGUAAUAUAUGGAUACGAGUUAACUCUGUCAACAAUGAAGAAAGACUUAUUUCAAUAGGGGAAAAAUUCUAUCUCCAAAAUUUUCAACUGCGAUACUUUUGUUUUAAUUAUGGGGCAGUUGACCGUGGUUAUUUGAACUUCUGAUUUACCAUUAGCGUCCUUUUUUCUGACAUUUUUCACCGAGCACUUAAUGUAUCUUCAUGAAACUUGUAUUCUUGACGACUUGCAUGAUUUUGUAUGUUUUUUCGUUCAGUUUGUUGUUUAUAAUAUAUGAGUGUGAUAUUUACUUUCGGUGCUACAAUUUUCACUGAUGUCAUUCUAAUUUUUUAAAGAUCAAAACCCUUAACAUUAAUUUACAGAACUAACAUUUCUUUUUUUUCUAGGCUGCUGCCGCCGCCAAGGCCCGCGAGAAAAAUCCAGGUACGAGUAAUCGUUGAAUUAAAUUUUUGUUUAUUCUUUCAAAGAAGUUUUGUUCUGCGCUCAGACAUUCGCAUAACAAAAACCCUUGUGGGCUAAAUUAAUGUGUAAGCGAAGUCAGAACGUUCUUGCAUUUUUUCUAGAGUUUUUUGUUUUUAUUUAUAUAGAAAAAGCGCGAAAAUAAAGCAUGAUUGCUUUUCCAAAAUUAAAAGAAUUUAAUAAGUUCUUAUUUCUUUUACCAGCGCUACUUAGUUCGCGAGCGUUAGAAUCGUUUGUUGUGUAAGCUUCUUAAAGAAGAAUAUGAUGAUAUCUCGAGCGACUGCCUAAAUUGCCAAUUUUGUGUUAAUUUUGUACUAAAUGCUUUCACGGUGGCUUUUCAGUUCACUUUUGGCUGUUUUGUCCAGUUUUAAAAACCAGGCUAAAUUACGUCUGCGUUUACACAGGCAUUGGCUAAACCCGCGAACUCCCAGAGAGCAGUUUCGCGUCGAGCUGAAAUUUGUGCGGUCGACGUCGUAAUUGUGCCCGGACACUCUUCUAAUUAAUACAUAGCAGCGAUCGGUUUUUUCUUGUAGCGCUGAUUAAAGCACAGGGAGCCCACACAAUAGGGCCAUUUAUACGAGGAAAAAUAAGACGCGUCUUACAUAAGACACGAACUUUCCGUAUAAACGGCACAUUUCGUCUAAAAUAAGACGCGACUUAGCUAAGACGCGUCUUAUUUUAGAACAGACCUUAACACCUGUUCUUAGAUAAGACGCGUCUUAGCUAAGACGAGGAAAACUUCGUUUGAAAGACCUUCGCGUCUUACAUAAGACGCGGACGCAUAGUACGUGUGUGUGUGUCACCGAUUGUUAUUUUAUUGUAAAUGUACUGGGUAUUGGAACAGUCAACGGCGAACUCAAAAUCGCUCAAAAAGCCGCUUUUGAGGCAAAAGGACGACGAUAUAGCACAGGUAAAGUAAUUCAACGUUUAUUAAACAUUGAUUUAUAUACAUUCUUAGCGAUAUAUCGCUACAGGUGAAGCGAACGGUAAUGCACCUAUCAAUGUAAAUCCCGUGGGGGGGGCAAGGAGGGGAUUUGAUGCCUGAGGCUAUCCCCAUGUCGGGCUUUUGAUCGUGAAGCGACCCCGGGGUCGGGACAUUUGACUUUGACCGAUAGAAGCCUGGUAUCAAUUCAGAAGCGGUUACCAAGUCCGUCCCUCGAGGCUUUCUGAAAGUCACGCUGUUGGAGAAAGGUAUGAAGUUUUCAUUUGUUUUAAUCGCCAUAAUCCGAUACUUUACACUGUCAUCUAAACAGAUAAUGUCUAUUUUGAGAAAGUUUUUAUCUUCAAGUUCCCAUCUGAUUGUAAACCUCGAUUGAAAUCGAAUUUUACCAUGAAAGUCAGAGGAUUUUUUACGGGUCACUGAUCCGACCUGUUCCCACAUGUUGAGCAGGUGUUAUAAAGCAUUUUACGUUUCAUUAAUAUAAUAGCACGGUCAAUCUUCCUGGAGCGAUUAUGUUGUUCAAAAUAAGAGAUGCUAGUGGAGAGAGAAAAUACUUAAUUACAGCAAGUAAUUUAACGGAACUUACGUUAACCUUAAAUAAAAGUAGUAAGAACGUACUUUUGAAAUGUUCUUUUAUUCGUUUUAAAUAGUAUUAUAGUAUUGUUUGUUUAGAUUUUUCCCCGGGGUGGGGGCUUUUUUGACACUUUUGAUUGACCUUUCGUUUCCCACCCUGGGGAAUUUGAUCAAAAAAUUUUAAAAUUUGUCAAAUCCCCACCCCUUGCCCGCACUCCCCCCACGGGGUUUACUUUGAUAGGUGCAUAAAUCCAGUACAUUUACUAUAAACUAACAAUCGGUUACACACACGUUGUGUGGGUGCUCUGUGGUUCAAGAUCUGAGAGGCGAAGUAAUUUUGGCGUUUAAUGUUUCUUCGAAUAAGCUUAUUCGCUGCUUUUUAAUUUCUCAGGCUUUUGAUUUGCUUCUUUAAAAAAUCCUAUUUACUCGUUUGCGUAAAAUUGACAUUGGACGUUGUAAUACACCGAUUCUAGUACGAGGCGGAAGUUGCAUUCCAUCAGGGUUGUCUGGAAUCUCCGGCGACCGGCGAAUAUUGCCGUCUCAAUCGCAGUCUCGCUCCCAGGGUUCUCUUCUUCUCGUCUAGGAGAGAACCCUGGGAACUAGGUUGGCUUAGUCGUCAUAUAAUCGACGGCUACUCACAGAAAUAAUAGAUCGGUCGUCUUGGUUUCGCAACACUUUGUGGGACAAAGACAAACAUAUGGCAACCACCAACAGCACACUGUGAGGUUACAAAAAGUUUAUAAUGUGUUUUAUCAAAUGGCGACGAACGAGUGAAAUUAGGCAAUUAUUUUCCAAUUUUACGAGUAUACCAUAUGUGUACCUAUUAAUAUCAUAGGUGACAAAUUACACUCACUAUCUUGAGUUUUGCCUCUUUCAUUCUAUCGAAAACACCACGCACUAAAAAGUUUAAGGCAUACAGCUGUUUCGAGUAAAAGAAAGUGCACGCGACAAUCCCGAAAGGCGUUGUGGGUGGCUUCGAGUUGACUGUUAUUCAAAGAAAUUUGAAAGAACGACUCGAGAGGCAAUGGGCGUAUGCUUGCGGGUGCUAAAGGAAAGCAGCAAAAGUAGUUUCGACAGCUACAGUGGAACAGUCUAUUGAUCAUAUCCCAUAUUUCCUUUCGGGAUUGUCGCGUGCACAUCUUUUCCGACAACCUCGCAAAAUAGCUGUAUAUUUUAGGUUCACAGUUUUCUGUAUUGUCGUUAAAGUACCCGUUCGUAUCCUUUUUGCUUUUUGAGUUUUCCUCUUUUGUGUGUUUAGGUUUUCUGGAGCGUGUCGUAAGAUCUUUGUUCGUAACAUAUUUAAAGCUGGACGCCUUCUCGGCACUGACAUUUAAGAAGCGUUGCCAUAGUAAUUUUGUACUUUAACAUGUGACCUCGAUUGGCUCCUUAUUUUGAUCAAGGAUAGGGUAGACUAAUAGGCGAUCGGUUGAUUAAGAGGUUAUGUCACACUUUUUGCCAUACCGUCGGUUGUAUCUAAGCGUGGACACGAGACAAAAAAUCAUGUUCUAAUAGGCUGCCAGACAUGACGUGUUUUGCCUCCAAACAUUUGAAGUUUGACAGCCGUUAAGGCCGCCCGCUGUCGCGCCAAAGGUAAGUUGUACAAAUGUUUUUGAUCAGUGCGUUCCGCUCUGCCUCAUAUUUCAUUUUUCUCAACUUUUAGGCCUAUUUCUCGCUCAGAAACAGCACACUUGCCUCCAGAAAUUAUUCUUAACUUCUAAAAAAUUUUUUGCAACGAAUUUUUUUGUUGAGCGAAAACAAAUCAAGUCGACAACAGCCGCCUGCUGCAAACUUCGAAUGUUUGGCGGCAAAAUAUGUCAUUUUGCACCCAGUUAGAGCAUGUUUUUUCCUCACGUGCACACGCUUCGAUGCAACCGACGGUAUUUUUAAAAAAGCUAAAACGUGUAUUCGCAUUAAUUGAAUUCCAAAAAUAAUGGGCCAGUUUUGGUCUUUAAGACCAUAUGAAGGCGUUGAAAUUGUUUCCAAUCGUCUGUUGCUACGGAUGGCAAGGAUGGACAUGGAUUAAAAUUUGAAAGAAAAGUAGGCCAGUUUUUUCAAGUUUUAAUGCUAUGCCUACAAAGUUCUUCAAAUAAGUUACGGUUAGUGCCCUCUAAGAAUUUUGUGUGUUAUCUUCUUCAACUCUACAGGAGCAUUUAGUGUGUGGGUAAAGACACUAGAUAAUUGACAGAAAACAGCAAUAUCGUGUUGACUUACCCCCUUUAAGCAUUGUAGAGACGCAGAGACGGUAUGGGAAUUAGCGGCAGCAUCUGUGCAAGAGAACCAAGCGAAACGGUAGUUAAGGUUCAAACAAGGCCUACAAACCUCUCACGCAAAUAUUUUCAAUGCGGCAUACGUUUACCGAGUCCUUUCUUCCUUACUGUGCUUUGUUUUUAAAACUUGUCCAAACAGAAUGCUGCAAAUUUUCCUCAAAUGAAUGCCUAUCAACCAUGUUUAUAGUUUAAUUUUGUCGAAGUGGUGUUUUUUUUACGUUUAAUUGUUAUAAGAAAAAGAAAAACAUUUGCAAAAUUAAUGAUAAAAGAGAUUCAUUUUGUUGAAAUGUUGACUUUUCAACAUUUCAUAAAAACAUCGACAAAAAUUGAUGGCAAAAGAGAUUUAUGUCUGAGGGGCUAAUUCUCAUCUUUCCGCGAUAGUAUAACAAGAGAUAGCCCAGUUUUCGAGUUUGCAAUGUUGAAUUUUUGAACCAAAAAGAGGAUAUUACAGCAGUUGAAAAUAUGUAAUUGGUGUUUCUAAUUUUAUUUACGGCAACGAAGCUAUUCAGUUUAAAUAAAUAUUUAUCCCUUUUCAUGCAGUCAGCAUAAACUAUUAAAAGGCUUUUAGAUGAGUUUAAUUAAAAUUACAUGUGGGUGAGACGCAAUUCAGAGCUUUUUUACGCUGUGUAUUGUAUAACAUGAAGCGAAAAUAGUUUCUGUUAUUAAAUAUUCCCCCUUGUCGCGUCAGUGAAUGUGAAUUGACAAACAAAAUUAAAAGAAUUGCUUGUUUGUUAGUAUUCUCUAUUUAUUCUAGGUUUUCUUAUAGCGAUUCAAUCAACAUGCAAGAUUUUUUUUCAGUCUUUUUCUCGUCUCAUUUAAAACAGACAACGUUCACCUAAACUGAUUUUUGAAGCGUUUUAAGUGGUCGGAUUUUUAGUUUCAUUUUCGAUUUCCCUGUGUCUGAAACCUUCUUGAUAACUGUCACAUAAAAAAGUGCGAGUGGAUUGCUAAAAACUAGAAAAACAAUUAAAUUGGCAACUGCUCCUUCAUUUUGCAACGCAAUAAAUAUGUUAAAUGAGAACAUUUCAACGGGCUGCCGGUCUUUUAGGCGAUAUUACGCUAAAGGCUGUAUCAAUUAGUGGUAUUUCCCUUGUUUUCCUGCUGUUUUGUUUCAGGAAAGCGUUGUAAAAUUACUUUGGAUGCCUGUAGCUAUAAACAUGAGGUGUAUUUUUAACCUUCGACAGCUGACUGUUAGCUUGUGCCACUGCAUCCGCGAACGUAAAUUUCUUACGUAGUUCUGUCUACGAGUUUUUAUAUUUUUUCACGCAUUUUGUUCAUAAAUUUUUAAUUAGCUGUAGACCGUGGGCGCCCUGUCAGAUCCAGUCUGUCAUAUAUUAUAAAACUGGUCGGACCAUAACAGACACUCCUCACUUCACUCUCUUUGCCUUUACGUGAAUUUUAGUUGUGUGCUUUUCGGCGCGCUUUCGUGUACGCGCGAGUCCUUCGUGGCUCGCUUGACUGUUUGCGCGGGAAAAAGUGGAAAGCCCCACGCUUGGAUUCUAAUGACGGGCCUUUAAUACCCGAAAUGGUUUCCGAUGUGUGCGAGUUAAACAUUCCGGAAGUGAAACUGUUCUUCCGAUUCUGCGAGCACAGAGAUAGCGAUGUCCUGCCAGUGGGUAUGAAGUUUGCGAAAGCUAUCUUUUCAACUUCUGUUCGUCAAUUUGUGAUCCACAAUUGAUGCGAUAAAACUGAUUUGCUAUCCGGCUCUGUCUGCUUGGAAGGCGAGCUGCAAGCGAGUUUGGCAACAGCUGCUGCUGCUGCUGUUAAGUGCUAAAGCUUAGCUUGGUUUUCCUUUUCUGUGUUUUUUUUUCUCAGCUUGGGAAGGACCUCACCAUCCGCGAAAUCUACUAUUGGGAGUUGUGUACACAGCAAAGGUAAGCCAAUGUUAUUUUUUGAAGUAGAAAUGAUCUAACAAUGACGGAUUUUGUGGUUUGCGGGUGUCGAUAAGUCGAGUAUAGUUACAAAUUUCACCCUCAUUUAGUGUCAAACUCAAAUUUAGGUUUUCCACCAAGAUAACUUGAUAACGAAACAACUAUGUUUCGUCACGUUUCCUCUUUUUUUAUUUUCAAAUUCAGCUGAAAAUUAUUAAUUUUUGAGUCAAAAAGUUGGUCGGAGAGAGGUCACAAAUUACUGCGAAGAUAUUUAUUAUGACUAUGUCACACGCUGAUAGUCACAAAUUGGAAUAUGUUUUUGGGCUGAAAUUUGGCGUUUAUUAUCAAACAUUCACUCCUAGUUUAUUGGAUGAUUCACGUAGGAUUUGGCGUUCAUUUGCGUUGUGCACGAUUGAAAGUCUUUUGUAUCCUUCUUGUUUUCUUUGGAUGGCAAUCAUCUCUCCUUUCCAAAUUUGCAUUCGAAAGGUCCGCUAUUGUGUUCACUGACAGGUCAAUUUCCAAACAAUCAACAAUCGGAAAAGUUCCUUUCUUUCCGUCACUAUCAUACCUCCGCGAUUGUAUAAAAGCCCCAUCUUGUGUGGAAUCACCACAAGUAGACAUUGUCUCCGCUCGCUGUUUACAGAGCGAUUAAUGUUUCCAACGAGGGUGAUAAGUAUGUCUAUAAAGUAAUUCUAAGAUCAGGUAAUAUAAAUUUAAGAAUAACAAACAAGAUUAAUGCAAUUCUUCCACGCUUAAAAUUAAAAAAAGGUUGUGAAUAUGGGUGAUAUUUGACUGCUAAUUGUAGAAAUAAAUCAGUUUGCUGGGAAGAUGAUAUUCCUGCCGUGCACUCACCAUAAUAUACUGCAUUUAAGUUAUAAUUAUUUUUAGCGGUAAUAGUUUCAUUGUUUCUUAAAAGUUCGGGAAAGAGCUCCUCGCCGGCUUUUUAUAAUAAUUCUUAGCAAACGAUUCUUUUUCUUUCACAAAAGCCAUGUGGUCCUUCAUCAGUGAUUUUCUUUAAGUCUUAUGCUUUAUGUGGAAUUCAGUUUUUUGAAAUCAUCAACCAUCUCAGCCGUGUCCGUUACGUCACAGGGGUAAGAACGCCUUUUGUAGAGCAGAUGUUCAACAUAUUUGUGGCGUAUUAAGACUGUUCGAACGUUCUGAGUCAUCGAGUCAGCAUUUUGAAGGUCAUUGAAAAUCAGUUGUCUGGGUUUUUUGGAGUUCGGAUACUUUUCUUUUCGCUGCCAAACCGACCUUAUUUUGUCCCCCCCCCCCCCGCCGCUCUUCCCAAAAACUGAGGCGUACCUAACGCACCUGACUUGAUGAUUUUUCCGGUUUCAUUACAUUUAUGUUAGUACCUUGGUUCAUCGCAAAUCAUGUCGCCGCAGUCGCCAAAUAAAGCUGUACGGAUGGAACAAGCUCAGGAGGCCGUGGGACGAAUUAAGGCAAGAGAAGGAAUUCAUUUGACUGAACUAUUAAUUUAAGGUCGUUAUCACUGACUUUAGUUCCUUCAAACCAACGCUAAAACGUUCCCUAAUGUACUGUUUCCUUGCCCAGGUGAAAUUGCGACAUACUCGUAUAGCGGUCCAUUUGAUGCCCCGUUUUCUUUUUCCGGCAAUGGUGAACUUACACAACAGAACGGGAGAGCGAAGAAGACGGCAAAACUUGUGUGACAAGCGUGACAAUUAUUUUGUUUGAAAAAAAAUUUGCCUCAAACUUCAUCUUCAUUUAAGUAGAUCUUUUUGUAAAAGACCAGUAAACAUUAUUGUCAAGAGAACAUACAAGUAUUGAUAAGAGAACAUACAAGUAGUACCCUUUCACGCUUGUCACACACAAACCUUCUGUUUUGCGUAAGCUCACUAAUGUUCAGCACUGACAAGACGGCAGAGGUUUUGCUUGUAGCGCCAAGUGUUCUUGCUUGGGGUACUGCAACCUCGUUCUCACGGGGCACUGUUCACACUGAAUAUGAUAAACCACCCUACAUUUCUUCUUCUUGGCCGCAGCGUCUUUUUAUUCGCAUGGAAGACUUGCUUCCGUAAUGAGUUAAAGGGUUUGUGGAAGACAUCAAGGGCUGGCAGCGGAUCUUAAAUCCCAACACAACCUGCUGUUCCUGUCAGCAAGGUAAACUUUAUUCGAUAAAGCAGAACGCUUUAUAGUCCUGAAGUAUCAGCCGUCUCUUCCCCCCCCUUCCUCCCCCCGCCCCCCAAACGGGUGACCACAACACGCUUUACUGUUUUCCAGGUGCCGGAGGGUGAGGAUCAACCUACCACGGAUGUGGAUCUGUUCAUUUCCACGGAGAGACUCAAAGUAGUCAACACUUCAACAAAGGUCAGUGCAGUAUCACGCAGUAUCACACUGAAUCACACACAACGCGAGAAUAACUCCAGUAGCGGCAACACGUAGAAUUGCUGUAUUCUGUCUACAGUUAAUAAUUUUAGACACGAGAAGUUUAUCAUCAGAGCCAAAUUGACGUUUACACAAGUUGUCGAAAUGUUACUCUGUUACUAUUACCAACAGCCUUUUUCACGACUACACUCGCUCUGACGAUCAUAUUCAUUUUCAUUUUGGACUCGACUCCAGGGUUUAAAAGGCACACAUCGUAAUUUACCCACUUUUAGUACUGUGUAGUAAGUUAACUUAUAGGCGGCAAUGUCUAAAGCUCAUAGGAAAAGCACAUUCCAAUACCACCUCGUUUUAAAAAUCGCAGUUCUCCUUGUUCUUCGCAGGAGGUGAUGUUAGACCACGCCCUACGUACCAUCUCUUUUAUCGCUGAUAUCGGCGAUGUCCUGGUUAUAAUGGCUCGGCAACCACCUGAGGAACAAAGCAACCAGGUGCCGUUGAAACCUUCACAGAUUCUGGCCAGUGUCGGUACAGCACAGACUGAUCACAAGAACAUCAAGAUAACCUGCCAUGUUUUUCAGUCACCAGAGGUUUGUCAAGACGCAUGCCGAUGAAAAUUCGUUUUUGUAUCCCUUCGGUUUAGUUCUGUAUAAACGGUUUUUUUACGCUCAACUCCCUUGGAAAUUUGUCGUGACUUCCUUGCGACCUUUCCCCCACCAGUUCCCUGACCGACUUUUAAUUACGGUGCCUUCGUUGAUUUACAUUUCAUUUCCAUUGGAAUUUUGAAGCUGCUGGAAUGAAGCGUACAUCUAUUUUCGUAAUCUGAAUCUAUACCACGUCAGCCACGGUUGCUAAUGUUUGAGUGUAUUCGAAAUUUUUCAGAAAGAAAACACGAAGGAGAUAAACGUUUAAUGAGUUUCUAAAUGUAUUAAAAAUACGGCUGAAUGUUAAUCUCCCACUUUCUCGGGGAAAAAAGGAACAAAGAUUAUUCUAAAAGUGAAUAGCAGAGAAGCCGUUCAAUAAACUCGCAAUUCUUGUUUUAUCGCGUCUAAAACACUAAGCUCGCAUUUUCAGCUUGAUAAGAAACUCGUAAUCUUUUUAUUAUACCAUACACAGUGCUUUUGCAAAUCGAUUUUUAGAAUAAAUUCAAUUUGUUCUUAAUCCGGAAUAACACGAUCCGAUUCAAUUUUUGACUGGGACCAGUGAGCAAAAAUCCAUCAACACCUCUGGAAAGAAUGCCUUAUUAUGUAAAAUCAGUACAUUUGCCAAGUUUUAGAGUGAAUUAUUAAAAACCAAAGAUAGAGCUUCGCAAAGUCGAGCAAUUUUACAGACGUUUGUAUAGUAAGGGCAAGUUCGUGCCCCUCACCAUGCAAUCGUCUUUUAAAAUUUUGCGACUUUGUGGAGCAAUAAAAACCGUGCCUUUUAGUUAAUCGUCUUUAUAAUUGGUAAGCUUACUAAUUUUAAAGUGCUCUUUGCAGCAGUGUCGAUGGAUAUUAGCUUACUGGGGUCAAUUUAAUAAAACUUUUAGAAGGGUAGUUUACAAAUGUAGCUUUUGUUUUCGGACCCUAAAACAAUGGCUACACUCGUAAAUCACACUUGAAAAAGUUUUAUUAAAUUGACCUCUGGUCUUUUUUAAAACUUGAAAUAAACCGUGAAAGGGUCAAUUGUGCCAGUCGGUGAAUUGUGUUAGAAAAAGGAAAUACCUUAAAGUUUCUUUUCUAUUUGUUUUAGGCGCAGGUGAUAGCUAAGAGCAUCGGCCAAGCGUUCAACGUGGCUUAUCAAGAGUUUCUAAGACAGAAUGGUUUGUCAGAAGACGUUGUUGAGGACGCCGAGUACAAUGGCGUGUUAGAAGCACAGAAAAUACUCGGCGAAGAUCUGUCGUUAUUGGCUGAUGAAAAUAGCGCUAAAGAAGUAAGUGAAUUAACUUCACUUGAGUUACAAUUCGAUUCUCUUAACCGAAUGUAAACAUGGUGUCUCUCUGAAUUGCGAAUUAUAACUUAAGUAUUACUGUAAGGUAUGCCGGGUGACGUGGCCUCUGCAUGUGCAGAACUUUUCUGUGAUACAGUUUGCGAGCCCAUUGAGUAGCAAAUUGUUGUGGUAACGUCCAUCAUUCGAUAUAAUGCGCUUCCAAAUCUUUGGGACUAUUUAAGUGAAAGCUGUUAUACGGGUGCGUAAGGUUUUGUGAACGGUUUUGUUGUUGAGUGACGUUUCAUAGUGCCUUACAGUCGAUCUGUUUGAUUAAAAGAAAAUCAUAUAUUUAUCAGUUUUUAAUUCUUUGCUUCUUUAUUUCUUUUUUUGUUUGGAGAAAAAAGCCCUUCUUACGUGCUUUUGUUUUACUUGUCUAUGUUUUAUAGGUAAUAGUAAAUAAGAAACCCCAUGAACACCUUGGUGUGAUGAUCGUGGAGUCAGGCUGGGGAUCCAUGAUACCUUGCGCCAUUAUCGCUCAUCUGGCAAAAGACGGACCAGCGGCUAAGUCUGGCAGGCUCAAUGUUGGUGACCAGAUCCUCUCGGUCAAUGGUACAAGUUUAGUCGGACUCCCUCUACUGGAAUGUCAAAAUAUCAUCAAGGUAUGAAGGGAUGUUAUCGCAUAGAGAGGCACUGCUCUAGUGGUUAUCACGACCAAUCAGCAAGCUUUUUACCACGUGACCAAGUUUUUUCCUUUACCUCUCGUUUACUGUUCAUUAUGUUUGUCUCCGAAAAUCCGGUUGGAAAGCAAAUUGAACACGACUUUUCGGGUCGUUUCAGUGGAAAAAUUUCCUUGAGCAAUGGAACGCCUGCAAAGGUAGUCUUGUUUUCUGGAUCAGAAUAUUCCAAAGAGCCUUCUUUGAUACCAGUUUCAGGCUUUUUACGGUAAAUGAGCACCGUACUUUUCGAAGUAUUCAUGAAGUAUUCAUGUAGAUUGCUGUCCUUCGUUUCAGGGUAUACGACCAGCCACAAAGGUGAUAAUGAAAAUCGUGUCGUGUCCUCCAACUGUACAAGUGGUGGUCAACAGACCGGACACAAAGUAUCAAUUAGGAUUCAGCGUGCAAAAUGGAAUGGUAAUUCUGUUUUUUUCAUUUACAGUACCCUUUAUACAAACGACAACGUGUUACUAGAGAAUGUAUCGCCUCUUCUCUUCCUGUAUGGAAUAAUACAGAUGAGAGGAACUUCCCUUUUGUAAGGAAAAAAAUAAGCGGUUUUCCCCUUGUUUUUGAAAUCGCGGCAGGAUUAGCUCAGUCGGUAGAACGCUUGAUUGCAGAGCGGGAGGUCGCGGCUUCGAUUCCCGGGACCGGACCAAUACUCAGGGUCUUAAAAUGACUGAGGAAUGAAGGUACUGCCUUUGCCCUGCAAAUGGCUAGACCUUCCCGUGGUUCGGAUGAACACGUAAACUGGCGGUCCCGUCUCCAGUAGGAGAAGUAAAAAUAGGUACCCAAUUAGUACUUUCGUGCUAAAUAUAUUGACACUCGAAAAAAAAGUGCAUUUUUUUAAAAUUUCCCAAAUGGUUCAGGCGUCUAGUGCGUUUGCUGUAUGAUCAUCCGGAGCUAUUAUCCCGCAACUUACGUUCCCCUGGUUUUAAAGGACGGUACAGGCUCGAAAAGGAUUGUAACUAAGUGUUCACUGUUUAAGACUUUCGUGUCGUUUUUUCUAUAGAUUUGUAGUCUCAUGCGCGGUAGCAUAGCUGAGAGAGGUGGAGUUCGAGUGGGACAUAGGAUUAUAGAGAUCAACAAUGAAAGUGUUGUAGCCACGACGCACCAACAUAUAGUAGAGCUUCUGGCUACUACAGUGGGGGAAGUGAGUAUUCAUCCUGUCUCUCUCAUGUGCUCCUAUGCUUUUGUUUGAUUGUUUGUUUUUUGCCUUAAAAGCAGCUGCCUAUCAUGUUACUGUACGUGCCUAUCACAUGAUAUUGCACGUGCUUGUCACAUGUUAUUACACUUGCUUAUCACAUGGUAUUGAAGUUGCCGCGGGCGUGCUUUUCAAGCGUUGAAGACGUUAGAUCGAUUCCGACGAUCUUAAGGGAAAAUAGGAGAUUGUGAGUAUUUGACACUCAUCCCCAGGUCAGAAUAGGUAUCUUUCAAACCAAGAUGACCGCUCGUAAGGGUAGUUGUUCGAUCCCGACGAUCUUACGGCGGAACAAUAGGGGACUGUUAACAACCACGAAUACGUUCUCAUUGCCUUGCGAUUAUUUCAGUGUGGUUUAUUCAUUUGUUGUUUUCAUAGACGUUUUUUCAAAGGGACGUUGUUUAGUUAUACCAAUUAUUUACUAUGAGACUUGACUUAAGCUAAGACAUUAAUUUAAACGACACAUUUACAUCUUCAGAAUAAAGAAACAUCAAAGUAAUAUCGUAAAGAUAUGAGGGACCGCUUUUUUUCAGAUUCGCAUGAAGACAAUGCCUGCGUCGAUGUACCGUCUUCUAGUUGGUUUGGAAGCUCCCCAGCACAUUUGAGGUGAUUAGAGAGAGGAUUCAUUCUACAAGUACAAGACCUUGUCGCCAUUGGAGACUCUGACUAUGUUAAAUAGAAAACGUUUAUCACGCAGUCGCGGAUACUUUGCCCACCUUGAAUCGUGCCGCCGUGGUUACGUAAUAUGUCACGGCAGCAGUUCUGUGGAGAACAGUGAGCAGGCGACAGCUUGUACUAAGUACUUUUAAAUGUUGAAAUAUACGUUUGGUAUACACCCGCUCUGCUCACUGUGGACGCUUUCAGGAGGAAUGAAAAAGACAUUUUUGUACGGUUCAAGUCCACAGUUUUAAAACGUAUUAUUUGGGAAUAUUCAGUAGAUGACAAACUACGAGAUAUAUAAGAAAAAAAAAAGAAUCACUUGGGCUUUCAAGUAACGGAAAAUUGAAUAGCAGAAAAAAAAAUUAUUUAUCGAAGUAGCAGCACGUUUCUACCUCGUCAAUCGCAAGACUGUUUAUAUAGCAAAUCAUUUCAUAGUUUUUAUUUAUAGUGCUGUAAAAUAGGUAAGACUAACGGUCUAAAUUCUUGCAGCUACGCAUUUGCCAGUAGACAUCUUUCAUUUGCCAGUAGACACGUUUUCUCACUGUCUACGACUGAUUACAAAGCGGCAAGACAUCUUUGUUUUGUUCGAGAAUGCGGUUACUAAAUGGUGCUGGAACAAUUUGAAGACGUAGUUUCAAAGUAUAGGCUUCGCAGUUAACAUCUUUCUAAAACAGACGCUAAAGGCGUAGUCGAAAAUGGCCCCGUUGUUUGCUCAGAGGGGAUUUUAGCAUCGGCAAUGGGUCCUGGAAGUAGGUGUCACAGACCAUGCCCGUACAUUCUCAAAUCUCGUAGUCCACGCUCGUAGCAUGGAAGUAUUUUGCCUCAAACUCUUGUAGCAAAACGAGUAAAAACUCAGUUUGAAUAGGUGUGUUUUACCCUAAAUCUCGACAGGGGGUACUCACUUACACAGGCUGAAUAGGUAUGUGCGGGCGCUAAUGAGUAUGGUUUUUUAGCGCUUGUGGUCAGAAAGUGGGUAUAGACUUAAACUGUAUGGAUCUGAAAUAGGGGUAACGUUUUGUUCUCUCUGAAACCAGGGUCUGAAACCAAUCGUCCCUUGAGAACACGUAACACCUGUUCAGGUCUGAAACUUGAAUGUUCCCAAAAUGUCCAAGAGUACCUCCCGGAUCUAAACGGGCCUCAGGAGAUUGUUACGUUCAUAUUGCUAAAUUCUCUUCAUGCACGUUCUCUAUGCAUGCUUACCGAUCACGUUCUCGUCUUCGAGUCGACGUCAAGACUCUGGAUGACUUGUAAAGAGCACAGUGACCAGCUGAGAGUAGUUUUCAGUGUUUCUCGUGCUACUCGGACAACCUAUAUCAACACCAUUCGACGAUAAUCUGACCAGACUUGUAACACGGUCGCCUUCUGAAUCGGAUGACGCUACGCUCGGUCUUCUGUACAGCUACAAUCGCACCACGAUAAAACUAGAAUCAAGGUCAAACAUGACGUCGAACAUGACAAAACCAAUAGAGACUACGGUUAUUUAAGUGCUAUAGUCAUUACGAGCAAGAAAGACCAUGGAUGAAAGGAUGAAAGGUGGUCAGUUAAUUUCAUUAAAACACACUGAUUCAGCAGGAAUAGACCUGACAUUUUUGUGUGUUCAUGGUUGAUUAAAGACAUGUAACGUAAUAAAAUAAACCUGUGAGUUCGUGGAGAAACACCUUUGGGGCCAUUUGUGUAAAAUCUUCUCUUCAGGCGUGGCGACUUAAGUCUGACGUUUAGCCCAGUGAACUGACCCCUGACUCCUUUUGGGGAGGAGCGUUGCGCGACGAGACAAAAACGCCGGCGAGGAAGACUAAAGGCGCUUUGAAAAAGUCAGAACUGCCAGACCUGUCAUUUUGAAAAUAAAAUGUUUGUCUUUUCUUAUAAUGAUAAUUUACUACAA